AUGGUCGGCCUAGCGACGGACGAUAUGGUCGUCCGCACGCAACAGCAGCAGCCGUCUCCUAAUCGACAGUUAGGCGGUGGCCAGGGUGAAUUUCCAGUGUUUAUUCCGCCGAGAAAGCGGCAGGCGGGAAAGAAAACCAACCAUGGCAAUCAUAUCGACCACAUCGUAAACAUACAGGGUAAUCGUAAAGAAUGGGAUCUGACACCGGAACGAGAAGACUGUCGCAAGAAUAAACGAUGGAACAGUGAGGAGAUAAUUGAGAUCACUUGCAACAGCAAGGGACCCGCGAACGGCACUAAUGAAGACGAAGACGACUUGAACGAACUGCAGCAGUUUCAUCCGCUUCGGGACAGCUCCACAGUCACCCCAAGCAGCAUAUCCGAGAGCAGCCUCGACCGGAAGUCGAGCAAAUCCGCCGAGCUGCUCACGGGUGGGAGUGGCAAACGGUCGAAAAAGCGAGUCAAUAUCCGCACGGACUUGGACGAAAUUGGCGGGCGACGGACUCCGUCAGCGAUUUGCAACUACGAGGAUCUGGAAUCGGGCGAGACUAGUGUCCUAAACGCCGAACUCGACCAGCACAGCCUGGAGCGGUACAACACGAACCGUUCGUACGGUUCCUCCGCGGACAACUAUCUCACAAUGACGGGCACAAUCAAGCGUGGACGCAAAAAGGGACAAUCCAUCGAUGUGCAGCUAAACAUUUCGCGCGAAGAGCUUGAACAGAUCAACAAGCAGGCACUCGCCGUGCACGACGAAUCCAUAAGAACCGGACAGGAAUGUUGCUCACUGCGUACCGGCUUUCACAUCCUUCUGCUCUCGCUCAUAUGCCUCCCGUUUGUAACGCUAACGACUGGGAUCUACUCGUUCUACAUGGGCACCGUCACGUGGUACAAUAUGUUCACGUACUUCAACGAGGAGCGAUCGUACUGCCAUAAGCUGCUUAUGUCCCCGCUGCUCAUACUGGCCUACCCACUUGGUAUCGUGCUGUGCACGGUCGGACUGGCCCUGUACGCUGGCGUCCGACAGUUAAGCUUCCACUUUCGGGCAUGGCUGAACGAAGUUUCCGACAUCGAGAAGGGUUUUUACGGCUGGCUGUGUUCCGUUCUCCAUCUGUCCGAUUGCAGUCCGUACGAGGUGGUCAUUCUAACCGACAUCUGUCCGAUGAGUCCUCCCAGGAGCGACAAUGGUGGAGUUCGAAAUGCAUCGGACGGGCGGGAUCCGGCUUCCGGUGAAGGACGGCUGCAAGGCGAAUCGACACAGAUCAAUUCCUCUACCGAGGAACUCUCCGUUUGAAUGCUUUCCGUGUCUAGCGUUGUAAAAGUGUUUGGGAAAGCUUGACGGGUUUUUGAGGUAUUUAUGUGUGACACUGUGAGUAAAUUAUUUUUCAAAAACCAUCGGCUAGGGCAACGGUAAAGCAGCAGCACAUUUUGUUGUUGCUUGAAGCGUAUUCAGGAUUUGUUUGCCGUACGGUACACACGGACAAACGGCUCUAGUCUACUUCCAUAUCGACAUUCUUCCUAAUGUAGUAAUGUUACGCAUUAGAAUCUAGACUCUCCCUCACCCUUUAGUCGGAAUCAAUAUCGCAAGGUGCGAGGGACCAGACUCUACCAGCUGGGAAGCUUCAAGUUCCCACCAGCUAUUAU